AUGCCGAAAACUUAUCAAGAUACUGUCCGCAUUGCACGAGCGUUGGGCGUCAAGUACGUCUGGAUUGAUGCUCUCUGCAUCAUACAAGACGAUGUGGUAGACUGGGAGAAGGAAUCUCAAGUAAUGGCGGAGAUUUUUCGAAACUCACUUGUCACGAUUGAAAACUCAGUUUGGCAUACUCGUGGCUGGACGUUUCAAGAAGACCUAUUUGCGAUGAGGAAGUUGUAUAUUGGGCAGCAGAUGAUGUAUUGGGAUUCUCUCAAGCCCGUUGACAUUAUGAGAACAGAAGACAAGAUUAUUGAUGACAAACUGGACCGCAUGAGUAAUGCGGAGUCUUCCAUCAUUCAUUCGUCUGAGCCGUGGAGGGGUGACUAUGACUAUGAUGGCUGGUACUUCCCAAUGCUUCAAUACAGCCAAAAGAGGCUCACGUUUGAGACGGAUCGACUGCCCGCAGUGUCCUCAUACGCUAAGCUCAUCGCCAGCAAGAGUGGGGAUACAUAUCUGGCUGGUUUAUGGAAGAAAAACCUUCACAGGGGUUUGCUUUGGAAGAUGCACAGGAGAUCACGUUGGACUUUUGGUGAGCUGCUGCGGAGCUUAAGACGCCCC